UUUGCCAAUUCCCUGAGUAGUUCGGAGCAGGGAGAUUCUUAAAAGAAGCUAAAACUUUUUUAAGGUUCCUUCAUCACUUCAAAACAUUUCACCCAACUGGACUGGAUAAUAAAAGGUCCUGGAAAUACAGAUCAUCAGAAUCCAAAAUGGAAGCAAAGGAUGAGUAACAUACACUGAAAUUUGUCUUAAACACAGAGUUGUGCAUUCAGGAUCUAAAGAAAUCUAGUUCAAUGUGUUGAAAAUACAAAGAACUUCUGUUAAAGAUGAAACCACUAAUGUACUAUUGGAACAGCCUAAGGGGGAACAAAGAAGAGAAGGAGCGUCUCUUGCGGGCAAAUGACAGAUCUUUUAACCUGUCAUUUCACUAUGCUAAAAAUGAAAUCAAGACAUCCAAAUAUAACAUCAUCACCUUCCUGCCUCUUAAUCUGUAUGUGCAGUUCACCAGGCUUGCUAAUGUUUACUUUCUGUUGCUUCUUAUUCUUCAGCUAAUACCAGAAAUUUCCUCUCUUCCCUGGUUCACCACCGCUGUACCAUUGGUGAUUGUGCUGUCAAUAACAGGAGUCAAAGAUGCCAAUGAUGACAUAAACAGACAUAAAUCUGACAGGCAGGUGAAUAAUCGCACUGUGGAAGUCCUCGUUGAUGGAAAAUUGAAAGAGGAAAGAUGGAAGAAUGUCCAAGUUGGAGACAUACUUAAACUGCAGAAUAAUCAUUUUGUCCCAGUGGAACACGGUGCUGUGCACGCAGUCACAAGCAACAGUGGUGUUGGCCGAUGGAGGAAUGUAAACGGAGAUUGCCAGUACAUGGAUGAACUCCCGUGGAAGGCAGAUCUUCUGCUGCUGUCCAGCAGUGAGCCUCUGAAUUUGGUCUAUGUGGAAACAGCUGAAUUAGAUGGUGAAACCAAUCUGAAAGUGAAACAGGCUCUUACUGUGACCGGAGAGUUGGGAAACGACAUUGAAGCAUAUUCUACAUUUACAGGUGAAGUGAGAUGUGAACACCCCAACAACCGUUUAGACAAGUUCAAAGGAACCCUGACUGUGAAAGGACAAACUCAUGGAUUGGACAAUGACAAAGUGCUGUUGAGAGGAUGUACCCUGAGGAACACAGAAUGGUGCUUUGGCCUGGUCAUAUUUGGCGGUCCAGACACUAAACUCAUGCAGAACAGUGGACAGUCAAAAUUCAAACGGACAAGAAUUGACCGUAUGAUGAAUAUCCUGGUGUUAUGUAUCUGUGGUUUCCUUGUGACAAUAUGUGUCAUUCUCUCCAUCGCUAAUUCCAUCUGGGAGACGAAUGAGGGCUCUGCGUUCACAGUGUUUCUUCCUCAUUUACCAGACAUCAGUGUUGAGCUCUCAUCCUUUUUCAUCUUUUGGUCUUACAUCAUAGUCCUUAACACGGUGGUGCCCAUUUCUCUCUACGUGAGCGUGGAGAUCAUCCGUCUAGGAAACAGUUUCUUCAUAGACUGGGACAGAAAGAUGUAUUAUCCUAAGAAAGAUACUCCUGCUCAGGCAAGAACCACCACGCUCAAUGAGGAGCUCGGCCAGAUUAAAUACAUCUUCAGUGACAAAACUGGAACCCUGACGCAGAACAUCAUGACCUUCAACAAAUGCUCCAUUAAUGGAAAACCCUAUGGGGAGCUGUAUGACUUUUCUGGACAUAAGGUGAAAAUAUUAGAGAAAAUGGAGAGAGUGGACUUCAGCUGGAAUAAGCUUGCAGAUCCAAAGUUCAUUUUUCACGAUCACAGUCUGGUGGAGACAGUCAGGGAAGGAAACUCAGAGGCUCACGCUUUCUUCCGCUUGCUGGCUUUGUGUCACACUGUCAUGCCAGAAGAAAAAAAGGAAGGGGAGCUUAACUACCAGGCUCAGUCUCCUGAUGAGAGCGCUCUGGUAACUGCAGCGAGGAAUUUUGGUUUUGUGUUCCACUGUCGCACACCAGAGACCAUCACAGUCAUGGAGAUGGGGAGAAACGUCGUGUAUGAGCUUGUAGCUGUCCUGGACUUCAGCAAUGUGCGUAAGAGGAUGUCCAUUAUAGUGCGCAGCCCUGAAGGCAAGAUUACCCUAUUCUGCAAAGGAGCAGACAUUGUUGUCUUUGAGAGGCUGCACCCCUCCAGUGACAAACUAAUGGAAGCUACUAUGAAACAUCUCAAUGAAUAUGCAGGGGACGGCCUCCGCACACUGGUUCUAGCCUACAAGGAUUUGGAUGAGAGCUACUUAGAGGAGUGGAGAAAGAGACACCAUGAGGCCAGCAUCGCCAUGGAGGAAAGAGAGGAGAGACUGGAUGAACUUUAUGAAGAGAUUGAAAAAGACAUGACUCUGUUGGGCGCGACGGCUGUGGAAGACAAGUUGCAAGAUGGAGUUCCACAUACUAUUGAGCAACUUGCCGAAGCUGACAUUAAAAUCUGGGUGUUGACUGGAGACAAACAAGAAACAGCUGAAAAUAUCGGCUAUGCCUGCAACAUUUUAAGGGAAGAUAUGAACGAAGUGUUUGUUGUGACAGGCAAUACUGCUGAAGCAGUCCAAAAGGAAUUAAAGUUCCUCUUGUUUGGUUUCAGAGAGGCGAGACAGAAAAUGUGUCCACAAGCUGCAACAACGCCUUCUAUGAAGAAAUCUCAUGGAGGCCUCUUUUGGCUCACUAAAACCAAAUACCUGCAGGAUGACAAAGUGGAUGGAGAAUAUGGUUUGAUUAUUAACGGAUCCAGCUUGGCCUUUGCGUUGGAGGAGGAUUUGGAGCUGGAGCUGCUGAGGACAGCAUGCAUGUGUCAGACGGUGAUUUGCUGCAGGGUUACUCCUCUGCAAAAGGCCCAGGUGGUUAAAGCGGUCAAGAAAUACAAGCAGGCAGUCACUCUUUCCAUUGGAGACGGAGCCAAUGAUGUGAGCAUGAUCAAAACUGCUCACAUUGGUGUGGGUAUUAGUGGUCAGGAGGGGAUGCAGGCAGUUCUCUCCAGUGAUUUCUCACUUGCUCAGUUCCGUUACCUCCAGCGCCUCCUGCUGGUGCAUGGUCGUUGGUCUUACCUGCGGAUGUGCAAGUUCCUCAGAUACUUUUUUCUCAAGAACUUCACCUUCACCUUUGUGCAUUUCUGGUAUGCAUUCUUUUGUGGCUUCUCUGCACAGCCUGUGUAUGAUGACUGGUUCAGUACUUGCUACAACCUGGUCUACACAGCCCUCCCUGUACUUGCCUUGAGCCUCUUUGAUCAGGAUGUUAACAGUCACUGGAGCUUCUAUUAUCCCAAACUCUACACUCCAGGCCAGCGGAACAUGUAUUUCAACAGAACAUCUUUUUUGCUCUGUAUUAUGCAAAGCUGCUACAACUCCCUCAUCCUGUUCUUUAUCCCAUAUGCGGCCUUGCACGACACAGUCAGACAGGAUGGCAGAGAGAUUGCAGAUUAUCAGUCUUUUGCUAUUUUGCUGCAGACCUGUCUUAUCAUUGUGGUGAAUGCACAGAUCUUUCUGGACACCUGGUACUGGACAGGGAUAAAUCACUUUUUUUUGUGGGGCAGCAUGGCAGCCUACUUUGCUCUAACAUUCACCAUGAAUAGUAACGGGUUGUUUUUCAUCUUUCCCACCAUGUUUCAGUUCCUUGGCACAGGAAGGAACUCUUUGAACCAGCCAAACACAUGGCUGAUCAUAUUCCUCACAUGUCUUUUGUGCAUUCUUCCCAUUGUGGCUCUACGAUUUAUUUUCAUACAAACUUCUCCAACAAUCAAUGACAAGGUGAGAUACAAGAUGCGAAGGGAUGAAAUACCAGCAAUUUCCCUACGCCCCCCAGCUACCAGGCGUGUCAGCAAACGCUCAAGCUAUGCCUUCUCCCAUUCCCAAGGCUAUGGUGAUCUGGUGACUUCCCAAAAGUUCCUGGACAAGAAAACCCCAAGACGACCUCUCCUUUUUGGCCAAAAAGACCAUCCCCUUGCAGAAAAUCAGCCACAGCUGUUUCGUACAAUUACUGAGGAGCCAGAAGAGCCACAAAGUUGUUAGUUAAGACCAAAAUGUAAUCAAAGAUUACAGCUAUAACAAUUUAACAUGGUGUUUUUCAUUAUAAGUGUAUGUUUAGGUAAUGCAGUUAGAAUCACUGCUGGUAACCUUCUUUUUAUACCAAUUUUUAAAUAAAAUUGAGUUGCAAACAAUCAAUCUAUAAAUUUACAUUAUGCUACUUUCACACCAGCCUCAGAAACUAGCAUUUAAGCAACCGAUUCCAGUAAAAAGUCUAUGUAAACUCGCACAUAUGAUAAUUUUUGGCUUCUUUGUCACAUUCACACAGCUUUAAGAAGUUUUAAGACUUUUUUUGGGCUCUAGGUAUGGGUGGCCACGGAACGCGCUUUUUCAGGCUUCGGCAUUUAAAACCUGGUGUUUAUGCGUCGUUACAUUUUCGUUACCAUUUUUGGGCUCUACAUAAAUUGAACGCACGCUGAGAGUUGAACCAAGUCAAACUUUGACCAAUCAGAGACUCGGAUGUGGUAGUGACAUAUGGAUGGUGUCUUUUUUAAUAUGGAAGUGCCAAUCAUUUGAAAACUGAUCAAGGUGAAGAAAUUAAUAUUUGUGGUUUGUUCCAGAAUUAUAAGACCCCAAGUCUUUCAUAUAUUUUAGAAUAGAGAUGUGAAAGAAAAAGCCUUGAGCAUUUCACAUCAAGCCUCUUCCUACUACAGUGACAGUCCAUCAGUUAAAAGUGCGUUCAAGAACCCACAAUAAGCGUGUUCUCGAAUGCAGCACUAAUGCCCUGUGUGUUUUUAAAACUGGACAUGAUGAAAUAAACAAGAGUCAAAAGAAUCUUUACUGAUCUAGCAUUACUAAAGCUAUUAGUAGAUAACAUGUUGAUAGUUCAGCUGGAAAAUUUAGAAAAAAAUGUUUGUGUAUAGAAUUGGAGAGUUUUGUUCGUUUGAAAACUUAAUCUUUAUGGUAAAAAAUAUAGCUUUCUAAGUUUAUUCAAAUGAGAGCCUUUUAUAAAAAAUAAAGUAAUCAAAGUUGUAA